UGAGAAUUAAUAGAAUUAUAGUUCAUUGACUUUUUCAUAUUUGAAACUCCAGACAUAUUAAAUAAAAUAAAUUGUGCAUAAUGAAAUUCAUCUCAUUGCUUUCUACUCUCGCUUUCUUUUCAAUUCUUAAUGUAACUACGUCAUCAAGAAUAUUGUUUGUUGUGGCUUUUCCUGGUAAGAGUCAUUGGCUGAUGUUUGAGCCGCUUAUUAAUGAGCUAUUAAACAGAGGCCACGAGGUGACAACAAUCACACAUUACCCAUUAAAAACCGAUUCAAAAAGUUAUAAAGAAAUAUUAAUAAAUCCACCUUGGAUAUGGGACGAAAAAGUAAAUAUGUCAGCAUAUUUUACUCGAGCUGUCCGAAAAGAAAGUGUCAUUUUCAAGAUAACCUCUUUAUGGGGUUUUGGAAUCUCAACAACACAAUUUACUCUUGAAUCUCCAUCUGUUAAAAGUUUUAUUGAAAAUGAUAACUCAAAAUUUGAUCUUGUGAUUAGUGAACAAUUUCAACAAGAAUCUAUGAAUAUGUUUGCUCACAAGUACAAUUCCCCUCUUAUAACAAUUGGAACAUUAGAUUAUGCAGAUUACAUGCAUAACGCACAGGGUCAAAUAACUCCAUGGUCGCAUGUUCCACAUUUCGUUAGCUACAGCACUGAUAAGAUGAGUUUUAUGGAGCGUCUUGAAAAUAUUUUUGUAUCGCUGUAUGAUGCAAUUGGAAGAAAAUUGUAUUAUCUACCAAAAAUGACUGAAUUAGCAAGAAAAGCAUUUGAAAAAUUAGAAAAUCAACAAGGAGGAAGACUGCCGUCUGUUGAACAAUUAGAGAAGAGAAUAUCAGUACAUUUAAUGAAUGCUCAUCCUGCUUUUUCUUACCCUCGUCCGAAAAUGCCAGGAAUGGUGGACAUUGCUGGUGUUCAUAUCAAAGCUUUAAAGCCAUUACCAAAUGAUAUUCAAAAAUUUCUCGAUGAUGCUAAUGAUGGAGUUAUUCUUGUUAGUUUUGGAACAUUUUUACAAAGCUCUAAAAUGCCACCAGAAAAAUAUCAGGCAAUGAUUGAUGCCUUUAGUUCAUUGAAACAAAGAAUCAUUUGGAAAUGGGAAGAUGAUAAAAAAUUUCCGCCAAAUAUCUACACAAGUAAAUGGUUACCACAAGCCGAAAUUCUAGCACAUAAAAAUGUAAAAUUGAUGAUAGGUCAUGGAGGUAUUUUCGGAGCACAAGAAGCUGUAUAUUAUGGAAAGCCUAUGAUAAUAUAUCCAUUUUAUGGCGACCAACAUUUAAAUGGAUUCAAAAUUGAACAAAGUGGAAUAGGAAUAUUGCAAUCAAUGGAUGAACUCUCUACAGAAUCCUUAUUACAUGCUAUAAAUCAUGUAAUCCAUAAUGAAACAUUUUACAAAAAUAUAAAAAUCAAAUCAGAAAUUUUCAAAGCGAAUCAAAACAGUCCACUGGAAACGGCAUUAUGGUGGAUAGAAUAUGUGCUUAAAUUUAAUGGUGCACCACAUCUUCAAUCACCGGCAAGAAAUCUUCCAUGGUUUCGGUAUUUGUCACUUGAUAUUGCUUUUGUUAUUUUCGGGGCUCUCUACAUUAUUUAUGAUUUCAUUAGAAAAUUGUUCAACAAACUAUCAACUGAUAAGACUGAAGGACAAAAAACCAACAACUUUAAGAAUAAUAAAAGUAAAAAGAAAAAGAGCGAAUAA